UGUCAACAAUUCAUCUUGCGUUCUCCGAUUCAAUUCCGUAAUCCCGAAUGUUUUUUAGUUGCGAACUGAUGGCGAAGUGAGGAGGUGUGUUAAAAAUCGAGCGAAAAUGACGGAACGAUUACGAAGAGACAGUUACUCAAAUGCAGGAUACAUUUCGGGAAAAAUGGCCAACGAUUUCGGCCUAAGCCCUCGAAAAACUAUGUUGAUUUUGGUGAUUGUAGUUGGCUGUUUUGCAAUUUUGUGGCCAAAAGUGUUUUAUCCCAUGCUAGUAGGCUCUGCAACUCGUCAUAUAAAACCAAGCCCUAUCGACAGGACGAAAGGAUGCUGCGAUGUCAUUUCCGAAUUGGACGUCCAGACUCUGAAAGUAAUGUCGGAAAUUUGCAACACCAUCGUCAAAAAGGACGGAGAGACUACUCUCUCCGGCAGAGAGUUGGUAGCAAAGUGUCGCAGUGACAUACUCGACACUUGCGGAAUAGAUAUUUCAGCGGUGUUGCAAGAGCAAGUAAGGUUGGGGCAAACCACCAAGCAGAUACUGGACGAGGUGAGGUCACUGAACGGAUCUCUUUGUUUGAAGUAUAAUUUUGGGGUAUCGCCAUGGACGCUGGGGGUUCCGCACCGUGUUACUGUCAAGGUGUCGCCUUCUUACAGCAUUAGACAAGAAAGGCCGCCACACCUGAGGUCGGAAAUGGUGCAUCCUGCAUUUCGGGAAAGGGGUAGAGCUAUUCCACAAACUCAGCCUUCGCCAAAACCAUCUCCACCUUCAAGGUUGAUUCCAAAAGUUGUUCCGGGAAGGCCAGGACCGCUGCCUGGGAUGAGACCAACACUGGGAGGUGCAGGGCAUGUGGUUCCAUCACCGAAGCAAGGAACGGGAAGUAUGGGUCUUAUCAUGCCUAUUUAUACCAUUGGGAUUGUCAUAUUCUUCACAUAUACAGUUAUGAAGGUUGUUUUCAAGAAGCAACCUGAAUCGCUGUAUCCAUCCGUAGAAUCAGAUCCUAACUUCAGAGCUCACGUUUUUGAACCGGAGAGGUUAUAUACGGCACCCAAAAUAAGUAAAGAUGGAACUUCUAGUAAAAUAGGAUGGAAGGAACGUGAUACAAGGGAUGCUGAACUGGAUCAGCUACGUCGUAGGCUUCGCGAGACCGAAAUGGCCAUGGAACGCAUCGUAGAACAGAUGGCCAAAGUGCCUUUCGAUUUGCAGGUGCGCUGCACUUUCGGGGCCCCUCCUGAUCCACACUACGGGCAGCUUAGCUUCGCUUCGCUUUUUGCAUGCGCCCCCCUCGUAGAUUUCCUCCUUUCCGUUCUCUCCUUCUGUUGGUAAAUUCGCCGGGAGGUGUUCGAGGUAUAUACCUUUGUUGAGUUGACAGUGGCGUCUGAAGGGGUAAAUUGUGGAGUGUUGUGAGUAAUGGUGUAAAUUUUUGAGGGGGAGAGUUUUCCUGGUUUGGUAAUUAUUCUCAGGGCCGGAUUUGGGAGUCUGGAGACCCUGGGGCAACGAAGAAGUGGAGGCCCCUUGAAAACUGUUUUCAUAAAAGUUGAGUUUUUAACUUCCCGCUAAUGAAGUUGAAAAUUUUCCGUUCGAGUGAUUUUGUCAUACAAUUUUUAAAAUUCAUAGCUCGAAGCGAGAAGUUGUAAGCAUUGUCAACCGUUUUUUGGAUUUUUUCACUUAUUUUCUCUAUCUUCAACUCAUGGGUACAAAUUUCACAUUAAAAAAAAGGUUUUGCCACUGAAAUGCUCCAUCGAAUCAAAAAUUGAUUGUAAAUGAAAGUGUUCUUAGUGAAAAUGCAAACAAAAAAAAAUGUCUGGGAAGAAGUAAAAGUUGCUGACUGUCAAAAUUUUAAUAUUUUUUUGUCUUUAUUAUACGGGCGUCUUUCCUGUGAAGGUCCCGGGGCAGUAGCCCCGCCUGCCCUACCCUAAAUCCGGCCCUGAUUCAUUUCCUUUGGGGGAGGGCGUGGUACAAAAUAAUUUACUUUGUUUCAACAUCAAAGGUAACUGUGUAUUAGAGCAGUUGGAUAAUUUUGAACUGUAUAAUGAAAAAAAUAGUAAUAGAAGUGUAAUCAAGCAAUAUCAAGGCAAUGGAUAAAUGCAAGACACUUAUCAGACUAGUUAUAGAUAGAUCUUUAUUUAAAUAGGAAUCCUAAUAUACAAAUUCACAAGAAAUAAAAUCUAAGCAUAAAUAGGA